AGGCGGGCGGAGUGUUUACAGGAGUCGGGCUCGGGGAGCCAGGUUUCCUCUUGCUGGUGUGUGUGUGUGUGUGGAGGGGGAAGGAAGCAUAUUUGAUUUCUCUCUCUGUCUUCCCCCGUGCCCCAGCUUCUUGUGAAGCUCCGGAUUGAGGAAGCAGCGAGUGCGGGAGGAAGCGGCCUUCUGGCUGGAGCUCCUUUCAAAUAACAGAGUCGUCAAGACAGCCUCUCCUCCCUCCACCCCCUCCCCACCUUCCUCCUCCUCACACCCUCCCCCACCCCAACCCCUUCCCCUCCCUCAGCCCCCGAGCAACAGGAAGACGCAGGGAGCCGGGAAGAUGUUGGCCCUUUUCAACAAGCUGUUGGACUGGUUCAAGUCCCUCUUCUGGAAGGAGGAGAUGGAGCUGACCCUGGUGGGGCUGCAGUACUCGGGCAAGACGACGUUUGUCAAUGUGAUAGCGUCUGGACAGUUCAGUGAAGACAUGAUACCAACAGUUGGAUUCAACAUGAGAAAAAUCACCAAAGGAAAUGUUACCAUCAAGCUUUGGGACAUUGGUGGGCAGCCUCGAUUUAGAAGCAUGUGGGAACGAUACUGCAGAGGAGUCAGUGCAAUUGUGUACAUGGUGGAUGCUGCAGACCGUGAGAAGACAGAAGCUUCAAAGAAUGAAUUGCAUAAUUUAUUAGAGAAACCGCAGUUGCAGGGAAUCCCGGUGCUAGUUCUCGGGAACAAGCGAGACCUACCUGAUGCAUUGGAUGAAAAAGAACUUAUUGAAAAAAUGAACCUGUCUGCUAUCCAAGACCGAGAAAUCUGUUGCUACUCCAUCUCCUGUAAGGAAAAGGAUAACAUAGAUAUAACACUACAGUGGCUCAUUCAACACUCAAAGACCAAGCGCAGCUGAAAGCAAGGAUGUUGAUUUCUUACUCGCCCAGGACCUGCCAUAGUUAAUCCCGACCUCCUUCCCUGGAAAGAAAGUUUAGAAAGCUGUCCGACAACACUGAGGUCAAAUUAAAGUUUUUAUCAUGAGAGAGUGUACAAUAUUAUUUUGCACUUUUUUUAUGUUUUUAUAUAAUUAAGCUGAGUUACUAAAUCUGAUCUUGUGAAACUUACCCACUGUCAGUUUGAAAGGGGUUUUGUUAUUGAAUAAAUGGGAUGUUUUUAUUUUUAAUAUGCAUGCUUAUGAAGCCCCAUUGUAGGAUGGAACUCCUAUCAGAAUGCCACAGUUGUUGCCAUUGAGGAAGCACAUUUACAUUCCAUUGCAUCAGCUGAGCAUGCUCAGGGGAUUCAUGCAGUGGCCCAAUUGUUACUGAGCAAAUAUACAUUUGUUUCAUUGCUCCACCUAACAAGGCUAGUCUUGUUAUUUGCACCUCAAAAAUAAUUGUGGGUAGUAUGGAGCUACUUGACACAGUGACUAACAUAUUUAUAUAUAUAUAUAUAUAUAUAUAUAUAGAGAAAGUCAAUGCAGGUCAUCUACAGAGAAGCCAUAUCUCUUGUACCUUUAAUUGUGAGACGUUUUAGAUGUCAAUAUAAAAGACUCCGGUCGAUGAAUGCCUGUUAAUGGUAAAUGAUGGAGAGAGAAGAUACGUGGUCAUUAUAUAAUCUGCCAUAUACAGUAAGGUGAUGAAUGUUUUACUGAUUCAUUACAAGAAAACUUUCAACACCCCUCCAAUUAUUUGGGGAUUCGCAUUAGCAAAUGCCAGAUAUCUGGCUUUGAAUUUGCACUCAACAAACAUCUGAAGUUGGUAAGUAAUUGUCAUUUACAAGACCUGCAACCCUAAUUGGGGAAAACAUUAGAGGGAAUAAAUAUAGCCUUGAGUUCAUGUAUGUAUGUGUAAUUUUACCCUUCAAGUGUGGAUAUUUUGUUACUGAAAGCCUGUUUGUCAUUUCUAACAAUGGCAAAUGGUGGACUACAGAGAGACUCCAUAUAUUAUUUCAGUUUGGUAUCUCUCUCUGUUAUUUGACAUGUAAAAUGUGCAUUGUGACCUUGUAAAAGUUAGCACUAUCACAAGUCCAGCGAAGUGGCUUGAACUAGUUUUCACUGAUCCUUGCCACAUACAAUAAAUUGUGUUCAUGCUUAAUAGCUGAUUUGAAGAUUUUUUUUGAUAUGCAUGUAAUUUUUUUAAAGCACCAUUAAAGCAUAGAAAUCUACUCAGGAUGGGGAAAUGAGACAAGCUCCUAUUAUCUACUUUUUAAUUUUCUCGCUUUUUUGCCUGCAUGCUUCCCUAAGUGUUUAAACUGCUGCUAUAUUAAUAGCACAUCCCUAUAGUUGCACAUUGAAGUAGCUUUACUUUUGACAGGUAAUAUGACAGGUGACAAGCUUGUUUUUUUUGUUGUGACUUACCUUUUUUAAAUAAGUUUACAAUCUGUUUUCAAUUGCAGUUUUGUACAUACAGAUUUAAACCAAAUCGUUGAAAUUUUUAAAACAUACAGAUUUGUGAUAAAUAUUGUACUAGAUAGUAAUUUGCUUACAUACAGGUACUUGGCUGUAAAAGCUAAUGGUUAGCAGUGUUUGCUAUUGUAUAAGGAGAAUGAUGGACUAAUAGCUUGUAGUGUGUUUUUCUUGAACUGUAACUGGUUUUAAGUGAAUCCUUUAUCCUGCAGUUUUAAGAAGCUAAUAAAUAAUUGAAGUUGAUGCAUACCGUGUCAUAUAUAAUAGCUUGUUGACUUGUACAAUCGACUUGUCAAAUAAUUGUCCUGUGGGUGAUUGAUGUACUGUUGCUCUUGUCAUAUGAUGAAGCUAAUGCUGUAAUAAAUACAUCCACACACAAA